AUGGCGGCCGAGACAGCUCCAAUUCUGGCUUUAUCUCCUCGUCGCCCAUCAACUAGGGCAUGCGAUCGAUGUCGACGGAAGAAAGCGAAGUGCAUAAACAUUGACUCCUCACUUGUCUGUACAAAGUGCCGGCUGUCUGGCGUACGGUGCACCUUUGAUUUGCCUGUCGCUAAAAGAGGACCAAAGACAACUCGCAGUCGCCACGCCGCGAAUAAUGCCCCAAUUGUAAAAACACAUCAAAUCGACGGGCAUAAUACAUCUCCUGGCCGUAAUUCAUCCAGUUGUUCUGAUACGGUAACGCCGUCAAGGCCUGCCCCGACUGAUUAUCUAAUUCCUGAUCUGGACCCCCCAAGACUAACCAUACCAAUACCAAGCCCAACAACCUGGGAAACUGGAAGAUUAGCCCUUGACUCGGCCCUAUCUCCACAGACAGCCCAUACAAUAGGGACACCUCUUUCGGAAUGCUCGUCAAAGAGAGCCAUUUCGGCCACACGGCGAUGGCAUAGGCUGUCGAGUAGUCUCCAUCUACGAGAUCCAUUGUUGAAUCUAGACCUUGUUGUCAAUAAAUGUUUUAGCCUGUUCUUUGAAUACCUAUUCCCACUAAUACCGCUUGUUCAUGAACCAAGUCUUCGGGAUGGACUAAACUUUUUUGUUCACUUGGGCCAUUCUUCAAGCAAUACCGAUCGAAUCGGCAUGUCUGAGACAUGGACUGGUGAAGCAGGAUUUUCAAGCAAUGGCAGUAUAUUACCACGUGAAGAUAGCUUUAAACCGCCAGAUAUCUGGCCCGACGCCACAUUUACGCUCAUUACAGCCGUUUGUGCGGAGGCGGCCUUUCUUCUUCCUCAAGAGAUCUUCCCAGAAGGCGAGUCUAUUGCGGAGACAUUCCUCCAUGCGUCCCGCGACUGCCUGGCUAGUUAUCUUGAGACAGACCUUGAAUAUCCAACUGCCAACUCUGUCGCUGUUCGGUACCUUCACUCCAAUUGCGUACAUGCCUCUGGAAAACCACGGCUUUCCUGGCACAUAUUUGGAGAGGCUACUCGCUUAGCUCAAGAAAUGCAAAUGAACGAUGAAAAAUCACUCCAGGUCCUACCACCACUUGAAGCAGAACUUCGCAGACGGGCGUUCUGGAUACUUUAUAUCGGAGACAAAUCUGCGGCUAUUUUGAAUAAUCGUCCGAUUACCAUGCAUAAAUUCUCCUUUGAAUCCGGUAUAACAACGGUUUAUCCUACGGGAAUCGAGGACAAUAUGCAGAUAGAAUCCGGAACUUUGUCAACAGAUAUUUCAACCCAGAAAAAUUUCAUUGCGGGUUUCAACGCUAAUGUGUGUCUUUGGAAAACAGCAUCUGACUUGAUUCUUGAGAUGCGUCUGCUAGUCAAUCAGAAAGAGCCUACUACUAUUCCAAAGAUCGAUAUGACACCUGAAGAGUGGCAUCGUCUAGACCGAUUAUAUGUUCAGUUUAUGACCUCAAUAGACAAGUUGCCUCAUUACUUACAGGCAGAUAUUUUGGCGGCUUCGCAGGAUAACCUAAGAACGAACAACGAACACCUUUCGAAUGGUAUUUAUAGGCAGUAUCUUAUCCAAUGGACCAAUAUUCAUGUGUCACUUCAUUGUCUGAAAAUGGUAGUCACUCAAAAGUUGGAAGAGCUCGACAGUUGCAACCCGCGGAGCGGAAACGUCGACAUGUCACUGUUGCGGAAAACUGAGAUAGCUCGUGAUUUAUUGCGUGUAAUUCGCGAAGCACCAUUCUGGUCUUUACAAGUGAACGGAGAGCCCUGCGUUGAAAAAAUCAGACUUAUAGGAGCGAGUCUACUUGAAAUAAUUGAUCAACAUGAGAACUCUCCACUCGCAGGUAGAGCACGCAAAGAUCUCUCUGUUUUACUUGAUAUUUUAACAAGACUUGACUCAAAGGCAUCUGACACAUUGCGAAGGCCUCUAUGAGAUUGAUCUAUAUAUAAUAUAAAGAAGGCUCAGAAAACCAC